CCACGGUCUUGGCCACCAUCUGAUUGAAAGUGCCCAAUCCCAAGUGACAGCAGGAGCAUACCCAUUUAGUUGCUAAUUUAAUUUAAUUCUUGAAAGUGAGCUAGUAAAUAUGACGCCUUUGCUACGUGGAAGUGUCUUCCUGGCCGUUUUCCAGCUGAUUUGCCAGUUGGUCCUGGCAACGGAUUAUUCCUGGUGUAAUCCAGAGUUAUGCGGCGGUGGUGUGAAACAUAUCGCGUGCCGAAAUUCUGGAAAUUUCCACAGACGCUGCCAGCCAGAUGCAGUCCAGGUGGAUGUAAGCCGGCACAAGGCGGAUUUCCUGCAUGGCCACAACAAGAGAAGAAACUUCCUGGCUCUCGGAAAAGUGCCAGGCUAUUAUCCUGCUGCCCGAAUGGCCACAAUGGUGUGGGACGACGAGCUGCAGUACCUGUCCAUGCUGAACACCCGCACCUGUAAGCUGGACCACGACGAUUGCCACAACACCUUUCGGUACGCCAACUCGGGUCAGAAUCUGUGUGCCGUGUGGCGUCCAAGAAGUCCCUAUGUGAACGUGACCAGUUUGGUGGAUGAGUGCCUGGGUCUGUGGUUCAACGAAUUCGAUCUGAUAGACAGCAGCUUCAUCGACUCCUUCAAAGUCACCCCAAUAUUUGAGGACUAUGGUCACUUUGCGGAGAUGAGUGUGGACAAGAACUUCGCGGUGGGCUGCUCCAUCAUGAGAUUUACACGGCCCGACUAUCCAUCCGUGUAUAUCUACAACUUCAUCUGCAAUUAUGCUUCACUCUACGCCCUGGGAGCUCCAGUUUAUGAGACUGGACGUGCAGGCACUCAUUGCACCACGGGCAGGAGCCCCUUCUAUCCGGGAUUAUGUUCCACCCGCGAGGUGUACGAUCCCAAUUGGUAAUAGUUCUGCACUCCAGGGGGAUUCCCUCCACUCAGGUACA